CGCGCGCGUGUUUGUGUGUGUCUGUUGAGGAGGGGUGCUAAAUUUUGUGGGCUAGUGCUUAAUUUAGUACACAAAAAUCUGACAAAACUCUUCUAAACACAUUUUCUAGAAGUGCUGUAUAUUCUCCUAAGCCCUGGGUCCCGCCCCUGCCGAAGGAAAGACAACCAUAAAGAGGGAGGGACUAACAACUCCAUCUGAAAAUGAACCCGAUUUUAAAAUGGCAAGAUUUUUAAAAAAAAAUUUUCGGGGCGAACGAAUCACUUCUAGGAGCAGUGGAAGGGGAAAUAGAGAAAUUUCGGGUAGUGUCUCCAAAACCUGUACACAGAAUCACCGCCGCCUGUCUCUCCAUCUUAAACUGGUUUCAUGAUCUCUCUUUGCUAGACGAGAAGUUCAAGUUCGCAGGGCGCACGCUGUGACCUCUAGUGGUGGGCAUCCGGCGAACACCGGGGCUUCGGGCUGACACCUGGGACGGCACCUGGGCCGCAUUUCCUUGCCGGCCGGUGGUUUCCUACACAUUAGGCGGCGGCUUGCCAUUCAUGCUUUUGACAGCUGCGUGGCCGCCCGCGAGCGGAAAGCGAAGUGCUCCCUGCACCAGCCUCUGGGCCCCUGGUCCGAAACCUCGAGCGGGAGGGCCCGACGGCGACCACAUUCGAUGGUGCCCCGGGGCCGGCCAGCCUGCUCCUCCAUAGGUGGCUGCGUUUCCGACUUCGCCCUGGCUCCACUCCGGGGGCUUGACGUGCAAACUUCGCCGGAGCGAGCUGAGAGGGAGGGACCGGCGUGGGGGAGGAGGCGGCGGGAGGCGCCUCUGCUUAAGGGAGCCGGCCGGGCGCCGCGGCUCGGACGGACGCGCGGACGGAAGGAAGGAGCGGGGCCGCCGGGCCCGGCCCGGGGAUGCGAGCGGCCUCAGGGAGCGGAAAGAAUGUCGGAGCGGGCCGUGGAUGACGUCAGGGGGGAGCCGCGCCGAGUGGCGGCGGCAGCGGGCGGAGCAGCGGCGGCGGCCGCCCGGCAGCAGCAGCAGCAGCCGCAGCAGCAGCAGCAGCCUCCGCAGCCCCAGCGGCAGCAGCCGCCGCCGCCGCCGCCGCGGCGCCUCCGGCCGGAGGACGGCGGCCCGGGCGCCGCCUCCACAUCGGCCGCCGCCGCAAUGGCGACCGUCGGGGAGCGCAGGCCCCUGCCCAGUCCAGAAGCGAUGCUGGGACAGUCGUGGAAUCUGUGGGUCGAGGCUUCCAAACUUCCUGGGAAGGACGGGACGGAAUUGGACGAAAGUUUCAAGGAGUUUGGGAAAAACCGCGAAGUCAUGGGGCUCUGUCGCGAAGACAUGCCAAUAUUUGGUCUCUGUCCAGCCCACGAUGAUUUCUACUUGGUGGUGUGUAACGACUGUAAUCAGGUUGUCAAACCGCAGGCAUUUCAAUCACAUUAUGAAAGAAGACACAGCUCGUCCAGCAAGCCUUCUUGGGCCGCUCCUCCCACUUCAGUAUUUCCCUUCUUCCCUUCUCUGUCCAAAAGCAAAGGAGGCAGCGGAAGUGGAAGCAACCGUUCUUCCAGUGGAGGUGUUCUAGGCGCAUCCUCAUUAAGUUCCAAGUUGCUGAAAUCACCCAAAGAGAAAUUGCACCUCAGGGGGAACACCAGGCCAAUGCAUCCCAUUCAGCAAAGUAGAGCCCCCCAUGGUAGAAUCAUGACGCCCUCUGUCAAAGUGGAGAAGAUUCAUCCGAAGAUGGACGGCACACUACUGAAAUCUACGGUGGGGCCGACCUGUCCUGCUACUGUGAGUUCCUCAGUCAAGCCUGGCCUUAACUGCCCCUCGAUACCAAAGCCAACCUUGCCUUCACCUGGACAGAUUCUGAAUGGCAAAGGGCUUCCCGCACCAUCCACUCUGGAAAAAAAGUCUGAAGAUAAUUCCAGUAACAGGAAAUUUUUAAAUAAGAGAUUAUCAGAAAGAGAGUUUGAUCCUGACAUACACUGUGGGGUCAUUGAUCUCGACACCAAGAAGCCCUGCACCCGGUCUUUGACAUGCAAGACACAUUCCUUAACUCAGCGGAGGGCUGUCCAGGGUAGAAGAAAACGAUUUGAUGUGUUAUUAGCCGAGCACAAAAACAAAACCAGGGAAAAGGAAUCGAUUCGCCAUCCGGACUGUCAGCAACCAACGCAGCCUCUCAGGGACCCGCAUCCCGCCCCUCCUAGACCUCCACAGGAGCCACACCAAAACUCUCACGGAGUGAUUCCUUCUGAAUCAAAGCCUUUCGUAGCUAGUAAACCUAAACCUCACACCCCCAGUCUUCCAAGGCCUCCAGGCUGCCCUGCACAGCAAGGCGGGAGUGCCCCCAUUGACCCUCCUCCAGUCCAUGAAUCUCCGCACCCUCCCCUGUCUGCCACUGAGCCAGCUUCUCGGUUAUCCAGUGAGGAGGGAGAAGGCGAUGACAAAGAAGAGUCUGUUGAAAAACUGGACUGUCAUUAUUCAGGUCAUCAUCCUCAGCCAGCAUCUUUUUGCACAUUCGGGAGCCGGCAGAUUGGAAGAGGCUAUUAUGUGUUUGACUCCAGGUGGAACCGGCUUCGCUGCGCCCUCAACCUCAUGGUGGAGAAGCAUCUGAAUGCGCAGCUGUGGAAGAAAAUCCCACCAGUGCCCAGCACCACAACACCCGUCUCCACACGUGUUCCUCACCGGACAAACUCUGUGCCCACAUCGCAGUGUGGGGUCAGCUAUCUGGCAGCGGCCACUGUGUCUACGUCCCCAGUCCUGCUCUCGUCCACCUGCAUCUCCCCAAACAGCAGAGCGGCACCAGCUCAUGGAACCACACUGAACGCACAGCCCGCCGCUUCCGGGGCAAUGGAUCCUGUGUGCAGUAUGCAAUCCAGACAAGUGUCCUCUUCGUCCUCCUCCCCCUCCACACCCUCCGGCCUUUCCUCAGUCCCCUCCUCCCCUAUGUCCAGAAAACCUCAGAAGUUGAAAUCCAGCAAGUCUUUGAGGCCCAAGGAGCCUUCUGGUAACAGCACUAACUGUCACAAUGCCAGUAGCAGUACCAGCGGCGGCUCAGGAAAGAAGCGCAAAAAUAGCUCCCCACUGUCAGUCCACUCCUCCUCCUCCUCCUCUUCCUCCUCCUCUUCCUCCUCCUCCUCUUCUUCUCAUUCCAUGGAGUCUUUUAGGAAAAACUGUAUGGCACACUCUGGGCCUCCCUACCCCUCAACGGUCACAUCUUCCCACGGCAUCGGCCUCAACUGUGUGGUUACUAAAGCGAACUCGGUGAGUGUCCGGCACGACCAGUCAGGGAGGGGCCCCCCCGGUGGGAGCCCCGCUGAGUCCAUCAAGAGGAUGAGUGUGAUGGUGAACAGCAGUGACUCCACGCUUUCUCUUGGCCCGUUCAUUCACCAGUCCAGCGAGUUGCCCGUCAACUCCCACGGCAGUUACUCACACUCUCACACUCCUCUAGACAGACUCAUAGGAAAGAAAAGAAAGUGCUCGCCCGGCUCAAGCAGCGUCAACAACGGCAGCAGCAAACCCACAAAGGUUGCCAAAUUGCCAGCCAUGAACAACGUGCACAUGAAACACGCGGGCGCCAGCCCAGGGGCACAAGGACUGACGAACAGUUCCCUCCUUCAUCAGCAGAUCUCCUCUCCUUGCUGUCGAGCAGGAAUUUCAGCAACAUCACCCCGGAGCCCUGAUUUGCAGUCCAAAGGCACGUCCCUGACAGCUGAACAUGGCACGGGGAGGAAUAAUCUGGACACUUUUGACGGCAAGUUACACCUCCACUCAGCACUAUGGACUCCACGAUGCCUUUGAGUCUGUUUUCCCAACCUCCUGUGGGCCUCGAGGGUAGAAAUCUGCCGGGCUGUUGUUGUAACGAGGAUUUCCCUGAAGCUAUGUCAGUAGCAGUGAGUACUCGUAAAGGACACUGGAUCAAGUUCAGCCACCGAAAUUGAUUUUAUCAGUGUUAAAGUGGUCUGGACUGCUUGCUACCAAUCUGUGAGAAGUUUUUGCUUUGUUUUUUAACUUGCAGCACAUCAUGGAGCCGCUCUUUGAGUAGAUUGGCUGGGGGAGAGCAUGUCUUGGCAAAAGCAUUACUGUAGACUUUCUCCUUUACUCCUCUCCCCGUCCCAGGUGUUUUUCUUACACUGUCUUCUGUGGGUCCCUCUCCAGCAGUUAGGUACCCCAGCUGGAGACGCCUUCCGGAGGAAGGCAGAGCUGCCCCCUGCGCAGCCCUUCGCAGAAGGGCUAGGUAGUUAGGUUCUUACAGCAACGCUCCAGGAUUGGAAUACGGACGUUAGCGUGAGGCACCGGGACAAAAUAGCCUGUGUUUUCCCCCAGCCUUUUGCAGGUGAUUUGGGAUAGAAGCUGUCAAGAGUUUCUAACUUACAAACUGGUUUAAAGCCAUUGAUGCCCAGAAAGCGAGUAUAUGACAUUUUAGAGGCUUACUUUUCAUGGUACAAAAGCAAUUCUAUGUGAUUUUUUUUUAAGAAAAUGCAAAUGCAAACUAGUUUUGAUAAUGGAAAGCCAAAUUUUGGUUGGGGAAAGGGGGGGGGUGGAUGAAAUCACUAUGGGGGAAAUGUUUUUCCAAGAUUUCCAAAGAGAUGGAAUUUUUUAUCCUUCAAGUUUUCAUGUUAAACAGUGUGGUAGAUUGGGCUGGCUGUCCUGCUCAGUCUCCCAUUUUUAAAAAAUUGCCUUUGUAAAGUGAAAUUAUUAGGAUGCAGCAGAAACUGUCAUUCACUAAGUCAUUAAUAUACUUAAUGUUUCCAGGGCACUCUGUGCAUUACCCUCAGUCUCUGUGGAUACUGUCCUGGGACUCUGUAAAUUUCUGUGUCGAGUGCUCCCCAUAUUGUGUGUGUAUCUGCACUCCCCUUCCUGUCCACGUGUUCAUUUGGAUGCCAGUGGGUGGGGAGCAGGCACCCAGGGAGGGGAGUAGGCAGAGGUGUACGUGUGCCCAUGCACAGAUGCUGUGACGCAUAUAAUAGUGUCUCCCCGACAGACCCUCCUUUCUGGGGAUUAAUGCCAGCCAUCUUCCUGAGAGAGAUUUGGAGACCUUCGUGGUUAUUCGUUUAUUUUUUUUGAAUACCCCAUCCCAAAAGAGCUUAAUAUGUUAAAACGUCAUUGCUUAAGAAGGUAUCAUUGAAUUUGGGGGAUGAGCUGGGGCAUUUUAACUGGUGAUUCCACUCUCACAGCUCCUGAAACAAUAAAUAACCCAGGCACUUGUACUUAGAAGAACACACAAAGUUGCCGAACACCACAGGGUAAAUUUCCCAAGGCUCUGAUCAUUGUUCUGGGCAGAGCCUGGACAGAGCAAAUCAAUGCAUCCUUUUUUUCCCUACAGUUUUUGGGUUACAAACUUCAGUUUCAGGGAAUUUCAAGUCAACAACACGUAGAAUGAAUAAAUACUUGGUUACCAGCCUAAUAAUGUGAAUUGCUACAGAAUUACUCUUAUUAUGUAAGACAACAAAAACUUUAUGCAGAUACUUUAGCUAUAAAUUGAUGUAAACUAUUGAUUUUUUUUUUUUAAAGGAAAGGGAGAGGAGUAUCUUGUUCACUUAUUAUGCAAUCAGUAAAUAUUUUUAAAAAAUGAUACUAUAGGAGAGCUUAUUAAGGAGAGUGCGUGGAUGGGCCAGUUUGGUGCAGUUAGGAGAAAUCAGUCUGGUUGUUCCGUCCCAGUGGAGGGAGAGAACGGAGGUAAGGGGGAAUCAAAACGUCUUUAGUUGAUUCCUGGGUGACAAGUGCAAUGGGGUAUGGGUAGAAUUUAUUUUCAGAGCCAAGGGGACUUGAUGGAUAUAAAUAAAGUUGCUUUUAGCAAUGGAAUUUAUAGACAGAUCAUGUUGUUCCGAAAGAUGUGAAUAGGACCCAUGAUAGCAAGUUGAUUCAGAAUUAUGUAGAUAUUUAGAUAAGCGAGUGUUGAUCAUUUGAUUUCUUAGACUGAGGUUUUAAUUGAAUUUCAUUAUGUCUCCCGGUAGUACACAGAUGAUCGGGAUUAGGAAAUUAGCCAUUUUGGAUUCUGCCUGCCACAAACAGACCUAUUCUAAACAGUGCUAUUAAAUUUUAGACUGUUCAAAUAUUUUAUUUUCUCCUACAACUACUUUUUAUUAUAAUGAACAAUUAAGACCAUUUAAAACACGGGAGUACAAGUAUUUUUUUGAAUUAAAUUAACUUGCAAAAACCAAAUUUGCAGUGGUUGGGUUGUUUCUAGACAGACUUUGGUAUCAAUUUAAAACCAAGAUAAUUUUUAUAUUCUUUCCAAUAGAAUUUCAUGACAACUCCUGCAGUUUUCUUAACCUACAAAAAAAAAAAAAAAAUGUGCUGCAAUGAUGAACAAAGAAUUCUACAAAACCUACUUUUGUAUCUUUAUUUUGGAAUUUCUUGUUCUAUUAUAAAUAUGGAAGUAUCCCUAUUUCAGAAGACAUAUUUUGUUAAAAAUGAAUUGUACAUAUUUAAAUAUGUAUUUUUGCACAGGUCUUUUUUUCUGAUAUCCUGUUUUGGUACAAUUGAGAUCAUCUAGUAUUUAUUUAUUAAUUAAUAAAAGUAAAUACCUUUUUAUAAUUUGAAGUGGUUCACUGCCAAGCCAAUAGUUCUAGAACCUGCCUCCUUUACAGUUUAAGGGAUGCCUCUGUUCUGUGAAAGUCUUGUUGUCCCUUUUCAUGUCUCGGGAGUGGAUUCGUACAGACGAAGUGGGCAUUGCUUUUCUCUAGUUGCCUGAUUUCCCGAUAGACUACAUGUAACUAAGUGACACACUGCUUUUCUUUCGUUAGUGUUUUGUGUGUGAGUGUGCGUGCGUGCGUGCCUGUGUGUGUGUAUGUGUACGCUCUGAGCACAUGUGUGUUAGUCUGUGAUGUGGUUUCAAACUAACGGAAAAAGUGCCUGAACCUAGUUUUAAGCUUCGACAGAUUCUUUAAAAAGACUUGAAUGUUCAGUUGAAACCUUUGGAGUUUGCUUUUUCCACCUAAAUAUUGUUUCUAAAAUUUUAGGGGAGGGGUUGAAAACCACCGAUGCUGGUAAUUUUAUAAGGUAUUUUAAAAUUAAGGCCUUUUGGUUCACAGUAAUUCAACUGGUGACGUAUUGCCCGGUGGCAGCAAGGGUUACAAAUCUGUUUUGUCAGCCAGCAACUUAGAUGAUAUAUCUGUUUUGUUAUUCACUCAUGAAAUACAGUUUAAAAUAGAAUAUUUAAAAUAUUUUCUAUUCCAAAAAUAUAAUACAAAGUACCUCUGAAAACAUUGCAAAAUGUAUAAUUUGAAAAAUGUAACUUAUAAAGGCAGCUGUCUUCCUGCGAGAGUUCUGUUGCCAAGGAAUUUCUUACUGUCUCAUUAUGUCCAGGGUGGGGAAGGGGGGGUGGGAGGGUGGGGGGCUUUGGAAAUGAUUGUGAAAAGUUUCAUUGUUUAACAGAAAAUAAUCAUUUUUACAUUUUGUGCAAAACAUUUUACAUUUUCAGAUCAUUUAAAUGAGCACUACAUACUGUCAGUGUGAAUGUAGGGCCUUGAAAAGCAUUUUGCUGUUUUUUUGAGCUUGGUUAUAAAAGCAAUCUCCUGUGUUGAAAUGUGUGAAUAGUGUGAUAAUUUGUACACAUAAUCAAGAGCAUCUCAGCUGGACUUCGUGUUGGCUGCUGUAUAGAAACAUGAACAAAUGUCAAGGGAUAGAAAAUUACUUUGGAUAUUUAAAAGAGAAGAAAUAUAUAGUCUAUUUGUUUUGUAACAAGUUUCUGUAAAUAAAAUAAUUUAUACUAUUUAUAAGAAAAGGUUGUGCUUUGCUUUAUGAGAAAUUAGUUUGUGGAACAAACAUGUUACUAAAUGGGCAAUAAAAUUAGGACUUCUCAAUAAAUAAGGCUGGCUGCAUGAAAUAUUUUA